GUUGAUCUCCUUUCAUGCUGAGGAUGUUGUGUGCUGCAGUCACGCCUCUCACUGCCAGCCCGCACUAGGAUGAUAAUCAGUCACUAUGAAAACUCAUUAGCUCCACAGCAAUGAGUCCUCCACUACUCAAGCUUGGUGCUGUGCUUAGUACCAUGGCAAUGAUCUCUAACUGGAUGUCCCAAACUCUCCCAUCUCUGGUAGGACUAAAUACCACCAAACUAACUACUUCAGAUACUCUAACUCAAAUUAGCCCUAAGGAAGGGUGGCAAGUGUAUAGUUCAGCCCAAGAUCCUGAUGGCCGAUGUAUUUGUACUGUUGUUGCACCAGAACAAAACCUGUGUUCCAGAGAUGCCAAAAGCAGGCAACUUAGACAACUGCUAGAGAAGGUUCAGAAUAUGUCCCAAUCUAUUGAAGUUUUAAAUUUGCGGACUCAAAGGGAUUUCCAGUACGUUUUAAAAAUGGAAACACAAAUGAAAGGGCUGAAGGCCAAGUUUCGGCAAAUUGAAGAUGAUCGGAAGACAUUAAUGACAAAACAUUUUCAAGAGUUGAAGGAAAAGAUGGAUGAGCUCCUGCCAUUGAUCCCAGUUCUGGAACAAUACAAAACUGAUGCCAAAUUAAUCACCCAGUUCAAGGAGGAAAUUAGGAAUCUGUCUGCAGUUCUCACAGGGAUUCAGGAAGAAAUUGGUGCCUAUGACUAUGAGGAACUACACCAGAGGGUGCUCAGUUUAGAAACCAGGCUUCGAGACUGCAUGAAAAAGCUCACAUGUGGGAAAUUGAUGAAAAUUACAGGCCCUGUUACAGUCAAGAUAUCUGGAACCCGAUUUGGAGCCUGGAUGACAGACCCUUUAGCAUCAGAGAAAAAUAACAGAGUAUGGUACAUGGACAGUUAUACAAAUAAUAAAAUUGUCCGUGAAUACAAAUCAAUGGCAGACUUUGUCAGUGGGGCUGAAUCAAGGACAUACAACCUUCCUUUUAAGUGGGCUGGAACCAAUCAUGUUGUCUACAAUGGCUCCCUCUAUUUCAACAAGUAUCAGAGCAAUAUUAUCAUAAAAUACAGCUUUGACACAGGUCGGGUGCUAGCACAGCGUAGCCUGGAGUAUGCUGGCUUUCACAAUGUGUAUCCCUAUACUUGGGGUGGCUUCUCUGAUAUUGACCUCAUGGCAGAUGAAAUUGGUCUCUGGGCUGUGUAUGCCACCAACCAGAAUGCAGGCAACAUAGUCAUUAGCCAGCUAAACCAGGAUACAUUAGAAGUGAUGAAGAGCUGGAACACAGGCUAUCCAAAGAGAAGUGCUGGGGAAUCCUUCAUGAUCUGUGGAACUUUGUAUGUUACCAACUCUCAUUUGACAGGAGCGAAGGUCUACUACUCUUAUUCCACAAAAACCUCCACUUAUGAGUAUACAGACAUUCCGUUCCAUAAUCAGUACUUCCAUAUAUCCAUGCUUGACUACAACGCUAGAGACAGAGCUCUCUAUGCCUGGAACAAUGGACAUCAGGUCCUAUUCAAUGUCACCCUUUUUCACAUCAUUAAGACUGAAGAUGACACAUAAACUUUAUUUUUUUCCCACUUCAAAACAGUGUCAUUUGUGAUAAACUCUAAAGCAUUCUUCAGGAUUUCUUUUUCUUUAUGUUCUUUUUCAUUAAGAAAAUAAGCAUUUUCUACUGUAUGAUGUGUUCCAAAUAUGGCUAGGCCUGUCAAAAAUGGCCUGUUGGAAAUACAAGCAUCCUUACUCAUGAAUCUGCAAGGUCUGUCAAGACCUUGUCAUAAAAAGCACUAAAGAAGGUUUAUGUGGAUGUGGCUAAAGACAUAAUUCUAAAAAAAUUAUGAUAUGCCUUACAUUAGAGUCUGAGAUGAAUGGUGGCUUAAAUGCAUGAAUGUCUUUUUUUUAUCUUUUAUCAUUUUUUAAAAUCUGUUUAUAGCUCAACAUCAGGAAAUAUUUUGGUAGCAAUCUGAAGCAUAAAAUGCAUCAUUUUUAUUUUUUGUUCCAAACUGAAAGAUGUAGGGAUUUGAUUUACUUAGAAAUGGAAUAUGAUUCAUUUUGCCAUCAUACAGUUUCAGAUGCGGUGCUGUACAGUAAGUUUUUAAAUCUCUCGCAAACAUUUUAUCGAUUAAAUGUAUUUCUACCAUUGUAACCACCAUUGUGCAAUUGUAUCUCUUCACUUAUGUGAAAGUAAACUAAGUACUAUUUUUUAUAAAAUAUAUUGAAGCUUAAUUGCAGUUCUGAUUAUGGGUCAAUUUUAAUGUGGCAAAUAGGUCAUUGCUCCUGAAGCUUUCAGAUCUGUUUCAAACUUGUGACAGUAUUUUUUUCCACCUUGGCUAGUCUAUCCUCCUUACACAUGAGUGCUACAUGCUGGCAAAUGACCACCAUCAACCUGUCCCUUCAAACUGUCCAGUUGCUGCCACUCUUUAUCUUACCUGUUUCAUCUCUCCUUUCUUUUUAUCUUUUGUUUUACUCUGACCACUUUGUUUCCUUAAACAUUGCCACUCUAAUUGGAAGGAUCCAUUUCACUUAUUUGCUUUGUUGCUCUCCCUGCUUCUUCCCCACUUAGUAAAAGGCUGCAUCUCUCAGCAUACAAACAGCUCCCAUGUAUCCCACCCACCACACGCAAUUGUUUUCAGAAGAAUCAAUUUUGACCGUUGGCAGAAGAAUCAAUUUUGACCGUUGACUCUUUUCACAGUAAAUGUUGUUUCUGUUUAGCUAUGAAAUGUAUUUCACAUUCUUGAAGAAUUAGACCAGGAGAGCUUGUAAUAUAUUUAACUAUUUCUUCUAUUAAUCUCAGUAAUAGUAGUGGUAGUGAAGUGGCUGGCAUUAAUGUUGUUAUGGCCUACAUCUCUAGGAUACAGAUUUUUCAAGUCCAGGUACUCCCUAUGCCAUGCUCCUUCCUCUUCAAACCAGUAGAAAUUCUGGAUCUUAUUCGAAUUCUUUAAUUUUGUAGCUGAUGGUCUUCACUGGUUACUAUUGCUCUCUUGAUUUCUACCUAAUCACUCAUAGUCCCAACUAUAUGUUGAAACCUGAUUGCCAAAUAAAACCUAGAGGACCAUGAAGAUACUUUCCUUCAGAAAUUCUCCUGCAGUUUUUCAUGAGAAGUUCAUUGAAAGUGUUCAGAUUCCACACAUAAUGUUUGAGAGGCAAGAAUUUUUUCUGAAAUAAUUUAUUGGACCAACUGUAUAGUUCAGAGAGCUGUUGGACAAGAUUUCAAGCAUCAAGUAUCCUUUCUCAGGCCUAAGACAAUGGCACCUGAUGCCCAGUGGACAGUUAAUAACUGAAAGCUUGCUCAACAGCUCUUCCAAAAAAUCCUUAUCUCUUGUACAUUUCCUAGACCAUCACAGCUACAACAACACUCCACCUGUCCCACCAACAUAACUUUUGCCGGUGUUGACUAGAUAUGUGGGUCACCUGGUAUCUUUCUGUUGUAUGACUGACUAAGCAUAACUCUUAGAAUCGUAUUUUGGUUCAAAUUCUCCAAUUAAAAAUCCAAAAUCUUUAGAUAUUCUUAAACAUUCACAAAGAUUUCCUCUUUCUAUAAACAUUUCCACCAGUAACCUCAUCUGCACUCUGCUCUGGUAUCAUGGACGCUGGGGCAAAAGUCUGGAAGCCCAGAAAUCAAGAGUCCAAGGCCAUAGCAGAAGCACUCACAGCCACCCUGCUAGAUUCCAACAAAUCUACAAAUUCUGCUAAAUACCUCGUCACGAGGACAUGGGGAAGGAAAGGACCUCAUUUUCUAGAACACUGGGGGGCACAAACACAAAAGGAUAUGAAUGCAAUAAAAGAGGGCUGUAAAGACAUAUUUAUAAAUAUGCUUUUCAGUAGUCAUGCACUCAUAAUUGUGGAUUUUUAUUUGUAUUAACUAGUUACAAAUAAAACCAGCUUUUCCUUAGGAA